AUGGCUGCAAAAUUUGAUGGAUUUGAUGAUGAGGAAGAUGAUGUUUUGGCUCCUAAGGAACCACAAGUAACCUCUCAGGACCCGAAUGAACGCAAAGCGGGAAGAGCCUUGCGUAUAAAAAGGCGACAAGAUGCUCUUAAAAGAGCCGAACAGACUACAGAUGAAACUAGCACAGAGGAAGAACCAGGGCCCAUUGAGCACGCAACGGCUACCGCAGCUGAGGAACUUCAGCGAUUAUCGCUCGAAGGUGCUGCUAAGGUCACAAAUGUGAAGGUCACGACAGACGAGCGCGAGGUUAAUCGCCGUGAAUUAUUCUCCGAAAAAAUGAGAACGGAAGCGCAGAUACAAUAUGAUGCUAUUUCGGCACAUUGGGAGGCGAUGUUGAAAAUCAAGGACCCUUUGGAUAUUGAUGUCGAAAUCAACAAUCAGAGAAAGAAAUGUGAAGCGUUAUUGGAACAGAAAAACCAACUUAUCGAUGAAUUAAAGCAAGAGUUAAAACGAACAGAUGACGCUUACUACGAGGAUUUGGAUAAACAAGAUAAAGAGAUAAAGGAGUUAUCGGAUCGUAUCGAGAAACAAGUGACAAUAAUGCAAAGGGCUUACGAAAAACAAUUGUCCCUUAUAGAGCAAGCAAUAGAUAUUGAACGUGAAGCUAUGGUAGAUCAUAAUAACAAACGAUGGGAAGCUCUUUACAAACAAAGGGACAAAGAAGAAGUUGCGCACAUGGAGUAUAAAUUUGAACAGGUAUUGAAGAAAAGGGAAGAAGAAAAUGUAUUCGUAAGAUCGCAACAGAAGCGAAGAUUGAACAAAAUGUCGGACGUUGCAAAUAACUUGCGCGUCAAAAUACGUAAAGCGGCAGAGGACGGUGCUAUAGAAGAGAUGAAAGCCGACGCGGAGAUCAUAAAAUUGAUGCAAACAAUGGAUGACUUAGAAAAGAAAUCUCACCAUUUCUCUCAUGUGAACAAUUAUAAAUUCAGUCAGGUGUGGCGAAUGUCCGAAUCACAAUGUGUUCUACUAUCACGUGAUAUAAGAAACGCAGAGGUUGCACUACAUGCUCAUAUUUUGGCAGAACCGCCACCUCCCCCGCCACCUCGAUUCCCAAAGAGUCCUCUGUCGAAAUAUGGAGAGAGAUCAGCUACGAAAGUAAGAAGCAGCGUCAUUGCUAGAAGUGUAUCAGCAAGCACGUCGCGCUCCAUUCAUGUCGGAUUUAAGGGCCGUGAGCUAUCACCAGACGAGCUGAUGCUGAUGGAGGAAGCCGAUGAGAUCAUACAAAAGUGUGGCGACCCGCAAGGUAGUUCAACGGCAACAGGGGUGACGUCAGACGCCGGGACGUCUGGCACCACGCGGCGUGCGGGAACACGUGGUGUCACCGUCUCCUCACUGCAUACACUCGCCACAAACAAAGACAACCCUUUCCUGUGUCCAGCAGGACAUUUCCUGGAGAUCGAACCUAUGCAAGUUCUGACGGCAUUGAACGAAUUUAUGACCGUAUUUGUUCCGCCGGAUAAAAAGAAAUUACAUGAUAUACUGGAAAGUGUGAAGCCACCUGACUUCACCACUCCGUCUCGCAGAUUAACAUCAGAAGAGAUUGCACAUUGCGCGGCCGAAGAAGGAAAGGCGCGUUUUCACCGCUCCAAUUCCAGAUCUGGCACCAUCUACGCUACCCCGCAUAUCAUGAAUACAAUUGAUUUGACUUAUGUUUCAAGCAUAAGGAACUUCCACUUAAUA